GUAUGAGGAUCUAUUUGCUGUAUUACUGCAGUAGUACUACUACUUCCUCUACUACGCAGUAUUUUCAUUUACUGUGCUGUCUUUGUCCUCAGUGACUGUGCUUGCAGUAUAUCACUGAAACCGAGCUGAACAGUCAGGUUUAUUUCCAUCCUCAUGCCACCUAAGAGGGACGCUGGAGCGCUUCUGACACAUCCGCCAGUGAAGAUGAUCAAAAUUGGCUCUGACACGCAGGAGUUUGGCUGUGAUUCAAUGGAGGAUAAGUACAGGAUGGCUGAGGAGUCCAGCUACUCACCUUUCCCUAACAACGAGCACGAAAACCUUGAAUUUGAUGAAGAAAACAUUUCAAGUCCAGGCAUCAGAACAGACACCAUCAGCCUCCUCAUGAAAAUAGAGCAACUGCAGGCACAACUCAAGUACGAGCGCAGAUGUCGGAUUUUGGCCGAGAGAGAGCUAAGGGAGCUGAAAGAGAUGAACACUCUCAUGAUGCAGAUGAGGCACACGGCACAUGAACUGCGAGUCACUCUGGACCACGUUCUCCAGGGAGGUGAAGCAGCUGUCACACCACAAAACUCUCAAGAUGAAACCAUGUCUUUCCUGGCAGAGCCUGAGGCAGAGAUGAGAGCGGUUCAUAACAUCCCAGAGGAUGAUCACAACUUUCUGUAUCUCGCUGAGAACAUCCGAGUGCCAAAAAAUCUUUAUGAGCGUAUUGCAGAGAUUGGAGACUACAAGAAGUACACAUCAGCACUACUUAUGAUCCUAUUCGACAGAGAAACUCUGGCCACACACUCUCUGCAGGGCCGCAGGAACACUUUUACUGGAGAAGAUUGCCAUAAGCCUCAGCUCCCACCUGAGAUCCUGAGCAGUUUAAUUGAUCAUGUGGCGGCUAAGUUCGGUGUUGAUGGGAGCCAAAUCAAAACUGCAAUCCGCACAAAGUUGAACAAUGAGGACAAACUGUUAAAGAAAAGACUGGGUUUGAAUAAAGCUGAACACAAGGCUGUUAUCGAUCAGAGCUUCCGCCAAGAUGCCUCACUCCUGCCUGAAAACGGAGCCAUGACAAGUGACUCUCAGUUAUAGCCUUUUGACUCUGCCUUCACGUGUUGGUCACCAGGAUUUCAUAUCUUAUAGAAAUGUGUGGCAGGUUGCCUUUUUUUUUAACCAUACAUCACUGAUCUAGUGCUUGAAGCAAACUAGUUUGUUCACAUUUUUAUAACUCUUCCUUUUGUACUUUGACAGUACCCUCAUCUUAUUGUCUGUCUGAAAAAGCUGGCGACCACACAGUUAAGGUCAAAGAGCACUACAAAUGUCAUGUGUAAUCAUGAGUGGUGAAACAACUAAGUGUCUUAUUUUAUUUGAGGUAGUAGAUGUCUAGUCUGUUGAAUGUCCAUACUGGAUUAACUUUUACAGCAGCAUUCCUUUCAUGUGUUAAAGUAAUUUGUCUAAAUGUUCAAUACUUUGAUACUUUUUCGAUUAUAUGUUUCAAAGGACAACUGUGCAUUAUGCCAUGAUACUGUGUAGAUACUAGAGUAGUGUCUUGUGGUUGCAAAAUAUGCUGCAAAUGAAAAUCAGUCUUUCUGCUUCCACAAAAUUUGUGACUUCACAUAUCUGUCUGUUGUGUUUGCCAGUGUAAGAGCUAAUAAACUUUUUAAAUCAGUA